AUGGAGACCCGGAAGCUAAUCACCGCAACAGACAACCAGUACUCUGGCAUGUUGUUAAAGGCUUUGGACGAACAGCGAGGACAUGGACUUUUCUGUGAUGUUACCAUCAUUGUGGAGGACCGGAAAUUUCGAGCCCACAGAAAUGUCCUUUCAGCCUCCAGCACUUACUUCCACCAGCUUUUCGCGCUUGCAGGUCAAGUGGUUGAACUGAACUUCAUCAGAGCAGAAAUUUUUGCAGAAAUUCUCAAUUACAUUUACAGCUCCAAAAUAGUCCGGGUGAGAUCGGACUUGCUCGAUGAGUUAAUUAAAUCAGGGCAGUUGCUGGGAGUUAAAUUCCUUGCUGAUUUGGGUGGUCCUUUGCAGCAGGUGAAAAGUAUGUCAGGAAGUGUCAAGCCUGGUGCUUCAGAAUGGCCCGACUCUGAAACUAAUGGCCUCGAAGUACAGAAACCUCCAACACCAGCUGGGGGCCAAAAUCUAAUUGAUGAGAAGCCCGCUGUAACGGUCUCGUUGCAUGGGGAAGCGUGUGAUUCUGCAAAGAUUACCAUUAGUGAUUCUGACGAUGACGACGUCAUUUUCUGCUCCGAGCUUGUGCCUCCAAAGGACUGUCCCCUGGAGCCUACUGUAGUAGCACAGAGCCAGCCUUGCUUAAAUCCUGUGGGGGUUCCUGACCAAAUAAAUUGUACCAGCAGUUCCCCGCCUCAGUCAGCUACAGCGACAGCUCCGAGGCUUGACUCAUGCCCUGGCCAGUCAAAUCCAAUUGAAAACCAAGUACCUGCUGAGCCGUUUGUCCCCUCGGUUCCAAAACCUGCGGCUUCAAAUAUGCUUGUGUUAAAUAGGCCGCAGAUUGGAGCUUUGCCGAAUGCUGGCUCAUCGCAUGAAAUAGAGGUAUCUCCUAUCCCCGAAGAGAAUCAGCAGCCAUCUAUUAACGACUCCUUAACUGACAUGGAGACCAAUGCCAUUGAUGAAGAAGAGGAUGAGGAUGAGGAUGUUGAAGAUGACGAUGACAUCCUCGGUUCGUCCAGCCCAGGGUCAGCAAGCAGCAGUUCUUUGGUCCAGCAGCCCACCACCCCUAAACCAGCCGCUGCACCUGAUGCCACAGGAGUACAGAAGAAGCACAGUCCUAGCUUUCCCCAAGAAGCAGUCUCCCAACCCAGAAAGUUCAAAAAGAAAGUUUCUGAUGUUCCUCCUGGGAGCAACAAGGACGCUCCAGUGGGCUCUGUGCCAAAGCAUGUAACGGAAGGCCAGAAGACCAUCACUUUAGAUAAAGCUACUGAGAUAGAAGGCUUGUCGACAGGUUGCAAGGUUUAUGCAAACAUCGGUGAAGAUACCUAUGAUAUCGUAAUUCCUGUGAAAGAUGAGGCUGAUGGAGAAGUGCAGUUGGAUGACAUGCCCAGAACAUCAGGGGACGAUUCUACAAACAGGAAGCGCCUCAAAGUAAAGCAUGAUGAUCACUACGAGCUCAUAAUGGAUGGCAAGGUCUACUACAUCUGCAUUGUGUGCAGGAGGUCUUACGUUUGUCUUACAAGUUUGCGGAGACACUUCAACGUGCAUUCUUGGGAGAAGAAGUAUCCAUGUCGCUAUUGCGAGAAGGUUUUUCCUCUUGCAGAGUACCGCACCAAGCAUGAAAUUCACCACACCGGGGAGCGGCGGUACCAGUGCUUGGCAUGUGGCCAGUGUUUCAUCAACUAUCAGGUCAUGGCCACACAUGUAAGAUCGGUUCACAGCCAGGAUCCUUCUGGCGAGCCCAAGCUAUAUCGCUUGCAUCCCUGUCAGUCUCUGCAGAUCAGAAAUUAUGCAUAUAUUUCAGGUAGUUCCAGCAAUAUACCUAUGGUAAAUGACAAUGCUCUUGUUUAUCCUGUUGACCCUGCAAAAGAAGCCCCUCAAGAACCAGCCCCUAACCCUUCAGCAAAGCCAAUGACCUGGGAUGAUAUCUUUGUUCCGCAGGGAAGUGAAUCACUAUUCAAACAAAAUCCAUCGGAUGGCAGUACUGAAUUUGAGUUUGUUAUACCGGAAUCUUACUGAAUCUUCUCUCUGAUUGAAAUAGAAAUAUAGAUAUAUAUAUAUAUAUAGUUAUAGAUAUAUAUAAAGAAAAACUUCUUUAAAUGGGCUGCUUGAAAAAAGUUGUAGGACAUCUCAUGUUAUGUAACAAGUCAGUGUGUUUAAUGCCUAGCCAACAAAAUGUAGUAUGUUAAGACUAGAAUGCCUAUAAGUUUCAGAGAUGCUUGUGAAAGAAAAUUGGUCAGGGAAAGAAAAAUGCUUCACUUGAAUAUGGGAAAAGGCACUUGAGGUGUUAAAUGUGUUUGGUUCAUUAUCAUGGAUCGAAAUCUGGUGAAAUAAUUGUUUGAAAAGGUGUGGCUUCUUUACAAUAAAGGUAACUCACAACUUAUGCAUUUAUAACCCACGCGCAUUCAGCUUCAUGUGUUUGGCAAAAAAAUUUUUUUUAAAAUUAAACAGGGGGCAGAUGUCCAGGACUGUGACAAUCCCUCCUGCCAUUGAACCCAGUGUGCUUUGGCCAAACAUGACUUUGGCAUUAGGUACAAUCCCUUCAACAUAACCCCCACGUAAGUUGAGAGUCUUUUGUAAUGAGAAAUGACCCCAAUAACUUGUAGAAUAAUAGGAACAUUUCUUGCCUCUUGAACCACUUAUUAUGUAAUCCCUUCUUUCAUGCUAGCACUUUAAAACUGAUUUUUUUUUUAAUUGUUUGAGACUACAUAAAGGCAGUCUGGAUAGGUUUCCUGAUUAUAGCUUAGUUCUUUUUUUAUAGUAGAAAUCAUUGCACUCCUUUUAACAAUGAAAAAUACAGUGUUGUUGUGGGAGGGUAUGUGAAGGGCCAAUCAUCCUGUCCAUAAAUCAAAUUAUUUUCUAAGUGGCAUCCCAAAUCUGUUCUGCUCCAAAAUAGCCAUUCUGCCUUCACAAAAAUUGCUCAUAAUGUAAGCGUGUUAUCUUGGAGGAGAAAAGAUGCUAUUUGUUUGAAGAAGCCUAAACAAGUUUUAUUUAUAUUUGGUAAUUAAAAAGACGCAGUGGCUGGACCAUUGUGUUCUAUCCUUCAACACAGGAGGGGCUUUGUCAGCAAAAUUGUCCAGUGACAUUGCCCUUCUUCAGUCUGCCCACAUUUUCUACCCUCCAAUAUCAAGGAAUUAUGUCAGACCCUCCUUUUGCUGAAAUCAUGUUGGUGGUUUGGAUUAAGCUGCCGUUUUCCAUUUAGCUUACCAUGGGAAAAGGUGGCGACAGAUAUAACUGUAUAGGUGGGUUUUUGUUUUUGUUUUGUGCUGAAGGGUAUGGAAGCUGUUUCCCAAAGUUACGCUUCAAAUGAUGUACAAUACGCUCACAACUUACAUUUAACUAGCGUGCAUUCAACUUUAUGUGCUUGGCAAAAGGGGCAGAAAGGAGGAGAGUGUUCAGGGGUAAAAAAGACUGGCAAUCCCAGCUGCUAUUGCACCCAAUGUGCUUUGACUCUCCCCAGAACAUAACCCCCGUGUAAGUUGCGGGCUUACUGUCAUUUUUUCCAUAAUUGAACUUAUUUAUAGCUUUUCAUGAACUUAGUUAGUUUGACUUCAUUUCAAGGUAACUGUCAGGUUAGUUAGGAGUUCUGAUAAGGAUUUAACAUCUCAUAUACGUUCACUGGCAGGGGUGUGUCAUGUCUCAGACAUUGUGCCUGUUUACUCCCCCCCCUUGCACAAUGUAACACAUUUUUUUAAAAUGCUGUGGUUAUGGUGAAAGUCCAUCCUGAGUGGGGGGGGGAAGCUUGUCCCAAGUAAACUGGUCAGCAGUCAUGUAGUCUGUUGCUUUACAUUGAAUGACGCCCUAAAUUUUUGUAAAUUACGCGGGGUUGUAGGGGGUGUGUGGAGACGUUAUAGAAGACGGGAAAGGAUUGUGAUGAAUAGAAGUAGCUAGAAAUCAGUGGUAUGUCGUUAAAAUCUCUUCUUCCCACCACUUUAGAAUUCCUUCUUCCCAUGUUUUGUGAAAUAAACAUUUCAUUUUAAACGCAACCACCUCUGGACCUUAAUUGUAAGAACAUAAGAAUAGCCUGCUAGAUCGUGCCAAUGGCCCAUCUAGUCCUGUGGCCUGUGGUAAACCAGAAAGCAAAACAUGAGCACAAGAGCACUCUUCCCUUCUAUGGUUUCCAGCACAGCUAUUUGGAACCAUUGCUGCCUCCAGCUGUGGAAGUAGAGCAUAUAGCCAUCAUGGCAAGUAGCCAUUAAUAGCCCUCUCCUUUAGGUAUUUGUCUAAUACUCUUAAAGCCAUCCAAGUUGUUGGCCAUCACUGCUUCCUGGGGAAACUAGUUCCAUAGUUUGAUUAUGUGCUGCAUGGAGAAAUAUUGAAUCUUCCAACAUUCAGCUUCAUUGGAUGUCCAUGAGAGGGGGAGAAUUUUUAAAAAAUCCACUUCCACCACUAUUUUAUAAACUUUUAUCAUCUUGCCUCUUCCUAGCCUUUUCUCUAAACUAAAAAGUCUGUAAUCUUUCCUCUAAGGAGCGUCACCCCCAUUUUUCAUGGCUGUUGCACCACUGGUUUGAUGUCUUAACGAAGCCCUCUGCCAUGACCCCCUCCCAAGGUCUUGCUCCUGGUCCUUCAUCUUUAGAUUUUAAUCCCUUGAUUAAAAAAUAUAUAUCUACUUUUAUGGCAAGAAAGUAAGGUCUGUUGAAAUGUGAUAAGCUAUGACAAAAAGGAUGUUGGAAAUCUGUGUUUGCAGUAAUGGGCAAAGGUCCUUUGUUAUCUAGACUGAGAAUACAUUUUGUUUAUGGGGGAGGGAUUAAAAAGAAAAUAUUUCCAUAAAUCAUGUUUUAAAGUGAGUGGUUCAUAUUUAAAUCUGUGAUUUGUGGUGGUGAUGAUGAUGAUAAUUUUAAUCACUAGUUGAAAUUGCUGUCUUCCUUCUGGUACAGGAGGCAUGCUUCCAAGUUUCUCUAAAAUUUUAGGAGUGAACCAGAUCCCUGUUAAAGAGAAAAUAUUAGUAGUUCUUAGCAAAAGAAAAGUUGCUUUGUGCUAAGUAAAAAUUGCUCACUAUUCCUUCAAAUGAUAGGUUUUGUGCAUCUUAUAGGAGAUGCUAGUUAUGGAGUUAAACAACCUACACUUCCCAGAGAAUACUAGUGGCAGCGCAGAGGAAGGAGUACAGAAAUAAACCAUGAUACAUAGCUGAGAAUAAUAAAGGCCACAACUUUAUUGAUUGAUUACAGCGAAUAGGUUUUGUGUAGGCCUAGGGCAUGGAUCAAAAGACUGAACAGCCUGAGUGCUGGUGGAUACUCAUACAACCAAUAGGGGGUUGUCCAAGGUCAGGGUCCCCUAUAGCAUGUACAGCUUUGAAGCAAACAUGGACAACCUGGUAGGUGGUGCUGUGACCCUUCAGCCCCCAAACUGGGCUUCUGGACAGGGAGCAGCACCCUUCCAAGUUCCCUUAAGGGGAACUCCCCCUGAAAUGGGUCCAGGUGCCCCUUCUCACUUCCCUUCUUAGAUUCCAGGCCCAAUGCCUUUGCUGCCACCAAAGGAAAGAUGAGGGCAAAUGGAGGGUGCCUCUCCUUUUAACACCCCCCUGCCUGAGAAAGGGAGUCUUAGUCCAGUCCCAUGUUGGGCAACAGAUUCCUGCAUUGCAGGGGGUUGGACUAGAUGACCCUCAUCCCUUCCAACUCGCAGCUCUGCCCCUGUCCUACACUGCGCCACUGCAGAUCUAGGCUCCCUGGUAAUUUCAGGAGAACCGGGACAUAAUGAUAGCAUUGCUGAAACCUUUUAAAACUUAAAGGGAUCGUAUCCUACUCAGAGUAGGCUGAUUGAAAUUAAUGAACCCAAGUUGUUGACGCCCAUUAUUUUCAGUGGUUCUACUCUUGAGUAUGACUUCAUGUUGGAUACAGCCCCAAAUCACGCCUAUAGAAAGGCAUCUUUUUCUUUUUUCUUUUGAUUAAGCGUAAAAGAAAACUGGACAAUAGGGUUCCAAGCUGUAUGUUUUUGGUAGAAGAAUCAUACAUGCAGGCAUCUCAGGUUCCUUGCUUUUCCUAGGAAGAAAGUUUCAGUAUCCAAAGUUGAAAAGUCCGUAUAAAGUGUGUUUAUAUUUUUGAAAUCCUCUGCUUUUAGUAAUUAUGGGUUGGAGAUGACGCUGUACCCGUUCUGUACCUUCAGCCAUUUUUGUGACACCCUAUCAUUUCAAUAUUAAAACACCUGACUUUUGCUUUUUGUAGGGUUAAAAAGAAACACCUUUGGUUUCUAUCCUCACUUAUCACCUUUCUGUAAAUAUUAGCAUGUUGACUGUGGGGAGGAAGGUUACUGUAACCUAAAAAUGUGUUUGUACAGAAGAGCUAGAUAUUAACCAGAAACCCCAUAGCAAAUCUGUACUCAAGGUUAAAAUAAUAGUGGUUUAUUGACACCAUUCCAAACGUGUCCUGCUUGGAACCAAGUGCCCUUGAUUUUGGUUGAACUUGUUUCAGGCGAGUUCUGCUGCAUCCAUCUUGCAUGUUACCCAGAAUAAGGUGGCACACUUCUGGAAGUACCACAUCAGUCUGCAUUCGUGUUUUUCGAGUGCUUUUCCCAUCACCUUGCAUGCAGCAAGGAAGAACAGUUCAGCAUAUCCCUCUUCUUGCAAGUUUAAUGCAUGACACCUGACCAUAGCUGCCAACCUUCCCCUUUUUUGCUGGAAAUUCCCUUAUUCCAGCGCCGUUUCCUGCUGCUUCCCGCUGCUAUCCCAGAUUGUUAGAUAUCCCGUAGACUGUCCCUGGGACAGGUGAGGCUGCUGAUCCCUUAUUUCCGAGGCUGCUGAUCCUUUAUUUUCAAAUCUGAAAGUUGACAGCUAUGAUCCCGGAUUGUUAGAUAUCCCGUAAGACUGUCCCCGGGACAGGCGGGGCUUCUGAUCCCUUAUUUCCGAGGCUGCUGAUCCUUUAUUUUCAAAUCUGAAAGUUGACAGGCUAUGCACCUGACCUACCUGCAGACUGAGGUGGUACAGUCUUUGAUUCUGCCAUGACCUUUCUGUAUACAGUUGUACCUCGGUUUACAAACUUAAUCCGUUCUGGAAGUCCGUUCUUAAACGGAAACCGUUCUUAAACCGUGGCGUGCUUUCCCUAAUUAGGCUUUCCGCCGCUGGAGCCCUUCCACCGUUCGGAUUCCGUUCUUAGACCGAGGUAAAGUUCGCAAACCAAGACACUACUUCCAGUUUUGCGGAGUUCGUAAGCCGAAUAGUUUGUAAACAGGGCUGUUCUUAAACUGAGGUACCACUGUAAUGUAUACAAACAACCCUUAACUCCAAGUAAGUGGUAUUGCGAGGGUGAGGUGGGUAGGAGAGUGUUAAGUUCUCCUUAAUGAUUUCUUUUCAUAAUCCAUAUCAUGACAUUCCAGUAUAAAAUUAAAACAUGUAAGCAGGGGGAAUAUCAGUGCAUUGCGUAUUUAUUUCCUACUAAAGCAUAGAACUUUUUUUAAGGGGUGGGGGCCGUGAUUUAUUCCAUACUGGUUUCUACUGAGCUUUAUCCUUUUUAAAAAAUAAUAUUGAAUCAAUACAGUACUGUAAUGUAUAUAAUUUGUACAGUUUUUUUCCUUAACAUACUUUUUUGGGAAUUGUGUUUUGCUUUUCAUUAACCAAUACUUGACCUUUAGUUCUUAGAGCUUUGUAUGGC